AUGCAGGACGGUCGUCCUGAUCUCAAAGCUGGGCUCCGCUACAUCUCAUUGCUACGAAACAAAUGCCCUGUGAACGGUCAGUGGGCGCGGACCGACCCAGACAGCGGCACUCCCUUCACUACCUGUCCCGCGACCGAUGUGUCCGACGUUGAUGGUUGUGUUGAGUCGUCGCAAGCUGCCUUCGAGAUAUCCCGCGAAAUGCAUCCUCGCCAACGAGCAAAGCGACUUCUUACCUGGCACCAUCACUUCGAAGAGAACAAGCGGGACAUUGCGAAGAUCGUCGUAUGUGAGUCUGGCAAGCCCUUGGCUGAAGCUAUUGUCGGAGAAGCAGAGGGAAUACGAGCCUCCGUGGUACAACUAUAUGUCUCCAAUUGCCGCGUGCUGACACCACUCAGCAUCAUUACCCUGGUCGAACUUGCCCAGCGAGCUGCCCUCGCCGAUGGUGUUUUGAACGUCCUGACGACGGACCUGCGAGACGCCCUCUAUGUACUGGAGAAGAUUACCUUGGUACUUAGUAGCAACUAUCCCUUUCUCGUGUUUGGUGACGGCGACUCAAUCACCGCUCUCGACGUUCUAAUGGUCUUUAGGUGGAGGCCAGCCGACCAAGUAUGCAGACAAGCCAAUGGCACCUACGUGCAGAAUGGUGUCCUCGAAAAGCUCGAGGAAAUGCUCCUUUAUGCUGUAUCGAAGAUCCGUGUUGGCCACGGCUCACAAUCGGGUACCACCAUGGGCCGGCGCGUCUUCAAGACUGGCGGUCGACCGCCCCCAGCUCUCCCCAAGGGGAACUUCUUCGAAUCCACUGUCAUCUCGGUGAUCACAAGCGACAUUCUUGCUUUCAAAGAGGAAAUCUUCGGUCCAUUGCUUUGCUUUUAUUGCUUCAAAACUGAGGACGAAGCAGUCAAUAAUGCCAACGCGACAUCGAUGGAUCGUGCGUCCUAUUUCUAG